CGUGUUAAAAGUAGUUUGAUCAAUUUCUACACUUUAUUUAAAAGAAUUUCAUAAUAAAAUGUCAUCCGAUGAUGAUGAAAAUUCUUACUCACUAAUUCCUAGAAGGAGGUAUAAGCGAUACAAAUCAGAUUCGACAGCUCCGAUUCCAUUGAGGACACUAAAUCGAUGGCGAACAAGUGGCUUUUUCUCUAACGACGAUACUAGUAGAAGUGAAAAUUAUCAUGAAGAAUCAAGUAUUGUUGAAAAUGAUUUUGCAACAAAUGUUAUAAAUAACUUGACAAAUGAUGAUAAUUUUUCAUCAAGCGAUGUAUCAGAUAUCGAUAGCGUUUCAAACAAGAGUACGGAUGAUCGAUUGAAUGAAACCGAUCAGGAAUUAGCUAGUGACCACGAUGAUGAAGAAGUAAAUGAUAAUGAUGAUGAAGAAAUAAAUGAUAAUGAUGAUGAAUGUCCUGUUGAUUACGAAGAUGAUGAUGAUUUCGAAGAUGCCAAAGGUGAUCAUGAUAAUUUAAUCGAGAUAGAAGAAAUCAUCCAUGAAGAUAUAGAUCAAAGUAAUAUGAUUUUUCCUAAUAGUACUAUGAGCGUAGAUGAAUGUGUAUUAUGUUUAUUGAAGUUAUAUAUUAAGCAUAAUAUUACUAAAGCUGCAUUAAAAGAUAUAUUGAAAAUGCAACUUAAAUUUUUACCAGAGGAUAAUGAAAUGCCAAAAACAUUAUUUAAACUUUUUCAAUACGCUAAAAAUAUUGCUCCUCCAAGCAAAUUUAUAAAGAAUUACUACUGUAAAAAAUGUUUGUUUGGCGUUGAUAUUGAAAUUUCAGGCAAAAAGCAAAUAAAAAAAUGUUCUUUGUGUAAAACAGAUAAGAUCUCAGAUAUUGGAUUUUUUCACGAAUUUGACGUUUCUGAUCAAAUAAAAUUUCUAUUUGAACAUAAUAAUUUAGCUGAAAAAUUAAAACUAACUCGAUCACAAAAUGAUGGAAAUAUUUCAGAUAUAACUGAUGGAACAGAAUAUAUCAGAGUCAAUGCUCGGAAUAAUAGAGGUACUUAUGAUUUAACACUUAUUCUCAACACUGAUGGCUUAUCUUUGGUAAAGAGUGCAAAAAGUCAUUGCUGGCCACUUAUGUUCACAAUCGCAGAACUACCUAUAAACAUCAGAGACAAAUAUAUAAUAAUAAUUGGACUGUGGUAUGAUGACAGCUGUAAGCCAUCCAUGAAUCUUUUUCUCAAGCCAAUUUUUAAUAAACUAAAACAAUGCUUCGUCACUGGUAUUGAUUGGAUAAAUCCAAAAACUGGGGAAACGAUAAACUCCAAAAUAGUUGCUCCGAUAAUGAUAGCAGAUGCACCAGCUAGAGCCCAAGUCCAAAAUAUUAUGUCUUUCAACGGCCGUUACGGAUGUAACAUAUGUGAGAUUCGGACGGUAAAAAGUAAACCUAUUGCUGGAUUGAAAACUUCGCGUAUUUUUCCGUACAAAAUUGAUUACAGAUUAAGAACUGGAAAGAAAAUGGAAGCUCAAGCUAAAAUACUACUUCAAAAAAAUACUAAAAUUCAAAUCCGAGGUGUGAAAGGAUAUUCUGUUCUAUCUUGUCUUCCUUUAAUUGAUCUUGGAAAAUGUGUUUUACCCGAAUUCAUGCAUUCAGUUUUACUUGGUGUCGUCAAACAAGUAUUUGGUCUUUGGUUCGGAAAAAAAAGUCCUUACAGUUUAAAAAGCAAAAUCACAGAAGUUGAUGACUUUAUGUUAAGGAUACGACCACCGCAGUCAUUUUCCAGGUUACCUCGAAAAUUAUCACAGUAUAAUUUAUUUAAAGCAUCUGAAUGCUACAAUUUUUUGUUAUUUUACUCUCUUCCGUUGCUUGCUGCCUAUUUACCAGAGAUAUAUGUGCAGCAUUGGUUAUUACUAGUGAAAGCUAUUUUCAAUUUAGUUAAAUCUACUGUAACAGUCACGGAUCUUGAGGAGUCGAAUGACUUAUUAAAAUUGUUUGUAUCGCAAGUUGAAGAGUUAUAUGGUGAUCGACAAUUAAGUUAUAACGUUCAUCAACUCCUCCAUUUAGCAUUAUGCGUAAAAAGGUGGGGACCCCUACUAGGAACUUCAGCUUUUUCAUUUGAAAAUUUUAAUGGCUACAUAGCGAGAUGUGUGCACGGCAGCAAGCAUUUCGGUCAAGAAAUCAUUAACAAUUUACAAAUUCUACAAGGAGCACAACUUAUUGAAAAUCGCAUCGAUGAACGGUCAGCUAAUAAUAUUGUAACUACUGAUGGGUUAAAAGAUUAUCAGGUCUUAGGAAAAAUUAUCACAGAUAUAAAAUUUAAUGAUUUUGAGGAGGGUUUAUUACGCUCUAAUCACAUUGAAUUAGAAAAUAUAUCUAUCUAUGGACGUGUCAAAAUAAAUAAUGAGAUUUAUACAUCAGAAAUUUACAAAAUGACGAAAACAAAUAGUCACACUGUGCAGAUAGAUCUUGAUAAAUCUUUAAUAUAUGGAUCGAUUAAAUGUUUUGUCCAAUUUGAAGAGAAUUUGUAUAUUAUUGUACACCAGUUUUCAAUUGAUCAUUCGAAAAUCUUUCAUCACAAGAAAAUGAAAAAUAAUAUUGAACAUGUCAUUCCUAUACAAGAGAAUGAUGAUACAAUGCUAAUUAAAUACUCGAAUAUUCAAUCAAUCACACAAAUUAUAAGGGUCGAAAAUUAUGUAUGUAAAAGACCGAACACUUUAAAAAUUGUAUGGUAACAAUGUAUAAUUUAAACUAGUAUAUUUUUUGUAAAAGGAGUAAA